UCGCUCGCGAUCGUGUGCGAAAAAAGACUUAAAUUGAAAGUCCAAGCGAGACUCGGAUUCAGACAGUGUCGAGUUCUGUGACCGCCCAGACAGCAAAUCCCAGCAUUAAAAUCUAAAACAAAAUGCCCCUCACCGAGCAAUUCAACGCCGCCGCCGAGAAGGUGAAGACGCUGACCAAGCGUCCCAGCGAUGAUGAGUUCCUCGAGCUCUACGCUCUCUUCAAGCAGGCCACCGUUGGCGACAACGAGACCAGCAAGCCAGGUCUCCUCGACCUGAAGGGCAAGGCCAAGUGGGAGGCAUGGAACAAGCAGAAGGGCAAAUCCACUGAGGCAGCACAGAAGGAAUAUAUCGCCUUCGUUGAGGGUCUGGCUGCAAAGUACGCCUAAGAACACAAAGACCAAAGGAGACCUGAGCGCAGUUAAUGCGAUACUAAAUUGAUUUUAAACAAUUACCGGAGAGACUAAAAGCUAUUUAUAUAUGGUAGACACUAUGAUCUUUUUAAAUGUGUAAUAAAAACAAAUUGUUUUAUAAAGCCAA